AUGGUCGCUGCUCUGGUGGCUCUGCAACCUUCUCCGCUCGCCUGGAAAACCGAGAGACCACAGCGAGAACGAGGUCUUUGCAAAUGCUGGUUCGCGACACUUGAUAUCAAUGUCAUUGCAACCUCAGGACCGUCCUCUAACUAUCCGCAACGUGCAUAUCGGAAUCCUCUCGAUGCGUUAGUGAACUUCCUCGACGCCAAGCAUGGCAAGAACUGGUGGAUUUGGGAAUUUCGUGCUGAGGGCACUGGAUAUCCUGACUCGGAGGUCUAUGGACGAAUCCACCACUACCCCUGGCCGGAUCAUCAUCCGCCGCCGUUUGCGCUCAUCCCAGCAAUCAUGGGGAGCAUGAGGAAUUGGCUGCAUAGACUAGAUGAUCCAGAUGGCAAGGGGAAGUCGCAGCUUGCCGAAGGGAAGAGAGUGGCCGUUGUGCACUGCAAAGCCGGUAAAGGACGCAGUGGAACCAUCGCGUGCAGCUACCUGAUUAGCCAAGAGGGUUGGAAGAUGGAAGAUGCCCUUGAGCGGUUCACCUUGAGGCGGAUGAGAGUUGGAUUCGGGCCUGGGGUGAGUAUCCCCAGCCAACUGCGCUGGGUGGGAUACGUCGACCGGUGGGCGAACCAGAUGGACAAGACGUACAUCGAGCGGCCGGUUGAGAUCCUCGAGCUGCAUGUUUGGGGCCUGAGAGAUGGCGUCAAAGUUGCCAUUCAGGGGUAUGUCGACGAGGGCAAGAAGAUCAAGUGUUUCCACUUGUUCCAUCGCAGCGAACGUACGGUCGUUGAUGACGGCAAGACCAUAUUUUCAGCGAAGAAUACCCAAGAUGGCAGCGAGAGCAGUAGUAGCAACAAAACAGAUAUGACCACCGACCCGCCCGUACCCGCUUCCCAGUCUUCUACAUGGCCAAGCAACAUCGCUUCCACUUCGUCUCCCAAGCCUACCGUCACCGCGCCCCUAGCAUCAGGAGCUGAAGGCCUAAGCGCUGCUUCCCAAAGACGCAUCUCGGCCGUCAUCCUCCGCCCCAGCACACCAGUCAUCGUCCCCUCCUCGGACGUGAACAUCGACUUCGAGCGGCGCAGCAAAGCUGCCUACACCGGCUGGGCCAUGGUGACCUCCAUCGCGCACGUCUGGUUCAACGCCUACUUCGAAGGCGGCGACAAGCACGGCUCGGGCGUCUUCGAGGCAGACUGGGAAUCCCUGGACGGAAUCAAGGGGACUUCCAAACGGGGCGUCAAAGCGCUCGACCGCCUCAAGGUCGUCUGGCGGUACGCACCACCUUCUCGCUUCGGCAUCAGCGAGCCAGGGAAGGAGGACGCCGCCAUCAUGGCGAAAACCAUCACGGAACCCAAACCAGGCGAGCCGAUCCCCGAGAGUCACCCGGCCGACUGGCGCGGCCAGGAAACAGGCGCUGCCGACGAGCACGAGCGCGAGCAGGAGAAUAUUCCCACGCGGAUCGCGGAGGUCGACACCGGAACCAAGGGUCUUACGAGCGCGACGGAGCAUCCGUUGCUCACGAGCAUUAGUACGACGGCUGCUACGGCCGUAUCGGCGACUGCGCACUCGAUCCACGGGCUUACCAAGGAGCUGGGGCUGCGGAAGCAGACGGACGAGAGUAAGGACGUCAGUCUUGCGGAGAGCGAAGCGGAAUCAGGACAAUCGAAGACGGGUACGGCCAAGGCAGAUGAGAAUGGGGAUUUCGAAGGCGUCCGGCCAUAUUUUGGGGACAGUGGUGGUGAUGAUUCCGAGCACCAUUCCGGUGAUGCUGAUUCUACGAGGAGUCCGCCAUAG